AGUGAAGGGACAGGCUGACUGGUAACAGGGUGAUCAGGAGUUAGUGAGUGAGAGUUUGACAGAGAACAGUGUGUGAUUUCAGCUCAUCAGCCUGGUGAAUCUCUCCCCUCUACCCAGGGAGGAAGCACACUGAGACAGUGGUAUCAACCAGACUCUGACAGAGAAUUGGAAGAAAGUCAUGUAUUUACGCAGGCCAGAGAACCAGCCGUGAAGGACAAAAGGUGGUCUCCCCCUUCGGACAGGCCUCCCACCGCCCCCCACGCCAACCCUCACCACAGUGCCUCCCCAGAGGACCAGGAGAGCCCAGAGAGAGUGGUUCAGAAAGAGAAACUGCAUGCAGAGCUGAAGCAGGUGCUGAGUCUGAAGAGAAGCCACAUGAAAGAGACGUCUCAUUUGGCCCAAACAGAGAUGGAUUCUUCAGCAGACACCCAAGCAGUGGAGGAAACUGCAUCUGAGGUGGUGGAGGUUGUGCUGGAGACAGAGGCUGAGGCUGGAGCCAGCGGCUACAGUGUCACAGGUGGAGGGGAGCGAGGCCUCUUCAUUAAGGACGUCCUUAAAGACUCCACUGCAGCAAAGCAUCUUAGCCUCCAGCAAGGAGAUCAGUUGCUCAGUGCAAGAGUCUACUUUGACAAUGUGAAGUAUGAGGAUGCCCUGAAGAUCUUGCAGUGUGCAGAGCCUUAUAAAGUCUCCUUUUUCCUGAAGAGGACCAUCACCGGCGCUGAUGUCACCUUGCACCCUGGCACCAGCAGCUUGGAACUGAAAGGACCCAAAACCAAGAUGCAGAAAAUGAGUGUCAAGAGCAUCAAACCUUUCAAAGCGAAGAAAAAGAAGGGAGGACGUUUUGGAUUGAAAAGGCUGAAGGAAAACAAGAAAGGGAGCACUGGAGCAGAGUUAGAGAUGGAGGGAUCCCCUUCCAAGGUGGAGCUCAACCCCAUUGACGUGGAGUUUGCCUUCCCCAAGUUCAAGCUGGGGAAGGAUGGGAAGGCAGAGGGAGCUGAGCAGCAUGGAGGAGUGGUCGCCACUGGCAGGAAGCAGAGGACGAUAAGGUGUCCCAGGAUGAAAGCAAAUGGUGCUGAGGCGGCUACAGGAGAAGUUGACAUGACGCGACCAGAGGGACAGGCUGACGUCUCCCUGCCAGAUGUGCCUGGAGCUAAGGUCAAAGUCAAAGGAAAGGGACACAGGUUCGGAAUUCAUUUCCCUAAAACAAAAAAGACUAAAUCGGACACUGCCUUGUCUGGAGGGUCCCUGGACCUGAAACCUCCUGGUGUCAAAUUCACACCACCCUCAGUGGAAUUCAGUUUGCCAUCUGGAAACAAGGACGUUGACCUACAGAAACGAGAAGUGAAAGUCAAGGAGGGGUCAAAAUUGAUGCACAGAGAGGUAGAGCUUUCAUUAGGACUCCCCUCAGCCUGUCACUCUGAUGAAAUUGAUGGUGAGAUAAAAGCUAAAGGUUUAGCUGAAGGAGUUGAAGGGUCAACAGCCCUAUCUGGCAUUAAAAUGCCAGUUAUUGACAUCUCUGCACCCAACAUAGAUCUGCAGCUGGACACCCGGCAUACAGUGCCAGACGAGAUAGAGGGACCCUUUUUUAAAGGGCCAAAUAUAUCCAUGCCCAAAACUGACAUCUCAUUACCAAAGAUUGGAUCAUCUAACAUGGAUAUUGAAGGUCCAGAAAAGGGUGGAAAAAUUUGCCUGCCAAUUGUUGACAUUUCACUGCCAAAGAUGACACCAGCAGAAGCAAACGUUGAUGUGGAAGGACACAUUGGAAAAGGAGGCAAGUUCAAAACGCCAACUUUCGAUGUUUCACUUCCAAAAUUCAAGUCUCCAGAGGAGCAUACGAAUAUAGAGGGGCCUGAAGUCAAAGGGGAGUUCAACAUGCCAAAAGUUAACCUCUUACGCCCAAAAGGUAAAGCAGAGGGAGAGGUGGACAUUGAAGGAUACUUAGGAAAAGGAGGUCAAUUUCAGAUGCCCACAUUUGACAUUUCUCUACCAAAAAUGAAGUCAUCAGAGAGAGAAAGGAAUGUAGAAGGACCUGAAGUGAAGGGUGGCAAAAUGAAAAUGCCCUCUAUUGACAUAUCUCUCCCUGAAGGAAAAACAGAGGGGAAUAUUAACAUUGAGGGACAUUCUGGAAAAGGAGGCAAGUUCAAAAUGCCCUCAUGUGACAUUUCUCCUCCUAAAAUGAAGGGUGAUGCCAGUUUAGAGGGACCUGAAUUGAAAGGGGGAAAGUUUGAAAUGCCCACACUUGAUAUUUCCCUUGCCAAAGGAAAAACAGAGGGUGGAGUCAACAUUGAUGCAAAUGUAGGAAAAGAAGGAAAGUUCUCUCUUCCAAAAAUAAAGUUACCAAAGGGUGACAUGAAAAUAGAAGGAUCUGAUGUGAAAGGCAUCACAUGUCAUAUGCCCACUAUAGAUUGUUCACUUCCAACAGGAAAAACAGAAGGUGACAUGAGCGUUGAAGGAGAUGCAUCUAAAGGUGGAAAGUCUCACAUGCCUUCAUUUGAUAUUUCUGCUCCAAGAGUAAAGUUACCAGAGGGUAAAGCCAAAGUAGAAGGACCUGAAAUUAAAGGUGGAAAGGUUGAGAUGCCAAAAAUGGAUGUUUCCCUUCCAAAAGGCAAAACAGCGGGAGAAGUUAACAUUGAAGGCCAUGUCAGUAAAGGGGGCAAGUUUAAGAUGCCCACAUUCGGCAUUUCUUUUCCGAAAUUGAAGUCACCAGAGGGUAAGGUCAACACAGAGGGACCUGAAGUCAAAGGAGGGAAGUUUAAAAUGCCUACAAUUGGCAUUUCACUACCAAAAGGAAAAUCGGAAGGUGACAUCAAUGUUGAAGGAGAUUCUGAAGCAGGAGGCAAAUUUCAUAUGCCCACAUGUGACAUUUCUCUUCCAAAAAUGAAGUCACCAGAUGCAGAUAUCAGUUUAGAAGGACCAGAAGUCAAAGGAGGGAAGUGUCACAUACCAACAAUUGACCUUUCCCUUCCCAAGGGAAAGGGAGCAAUUGACACUGAAGGACAUUCUGGAAAAGGAGGCAAGUUCCAAAUGCCAGCAUUCGAUAUAUCACUUCCAAAAAUGAAGACACCAGAUGGUGAAGUCAGCCUAGAAGUCCCUGAAGUCAAAGGGGGGAACAUUAAUAUGCCAACGAUGAACAUUUCUCUUCCAAAAGGAAAAAUGGAAGGUGAAGCUAAGGGACAUGCAAGCAAAGGGGGAAAACUUCACAUGCCCUCAGUUGACAUUUCCCUUCCAAAAAUGAAGUUGCCUGAAGGCGAAGUCAAUGUAGAAGGACCCAAAGCCAGAGGGGGAAAGAUUGAAAUGCCAUCGAUUGAUAUUUCACUUCCUAAAGGAAAGAUGGAGGGGGAAAUUGACAUUGAAGGACAUUCUGGAAAAGGAGGAAGAUUUCAAAUGCCUACAUUUGAUGUUUCCCUUCCAAAAAUGAAGUCACUAGAACCAGAUGUCAGUUUAGCAGGACCGGACGCCAAAGGAGGGAAGUUUCAUAUGCCAACAAUGGACUUUUCCCUUCCCAAGGAAAAGGGUGAGAUUGACACUCAAGGACAUUCUGGAAAAGGAGGCAAGUUCCAAAUGCCAGCAUUGGAUAUAUCACAUCCAAAAAUGAAGACACCAGAAGGAGAAGUCAGCCUAGAAGGCCCUGAAGUGAAAGGUGGAAAGUUUAAAAUGCCAAUGAUUGAUAUUUCACUUCCAAAAGGAAAAACAGAAGGGGGAAUAGACAUUGAAGGACAUUUGGGGGGAAAAGGAAACUUUCACAUGCCCACAUGCAACAUGUCCUUGCCAAAAAGGAAGUCAAAUGAUGGUGACAUGAAAUUAGAGGGGCCAGAAGUGAAAGGCAGUAAAAUACAUAUGCCUAAAAUUGACAAUUCUCUUCCAAAGGGGAAGGCAGAACGUGAUAUUCAGGUUGACGGGCAUGGUGGUAAAGGCGGAGAGUUCCACAUGCCCUCAAUUGACAUUUCUCUUCCAAAAAUAAAGUUGGCUGAGGGUGAAGUCAAAGUAGAAGGCCUUGAAGCCAAAGAUGGAAAGUUUGAAAUUCCAACAAUUGAUAUUUCACUUCAAAAAGGAAAAGCAGAGGGAGAAAUUGACAUGGAAGGACAUUCUGGAAAAGGAGGAAAGUUUCAUAUGCCAAAGUUUGAUGUAUCGCUCCCAAAAAUGAAGCUCCCAGAGGGUGACAUCAAACUAGAGGGACCGGAAGGGAAAGGCAACAAAAUACAGUUACCUAACAUUGACAUUUCUCUUCCUGAAGGGAAAACUGAAGGAGAUAUUGAGGUUGAGGGGCAUGGUGGCAAAGGGGGCAAGUUUCACAUGCCCUUAAUUGACAUUUCCCUUCCAAAAAUGAAGUUGCCUGAAGGUGAAGUCAAAGUAGAAGGCCCCGAAGCCAAAGGUGGAAACAUUGAAAUGCCAUCGACUGAUAUUUCACUUCCCAAAGGAAAGAUGGAGUCGGAAAUUGACAUUGAAGUUCAUUCUGGAAAAGGAGGAAGAUUUCAUAUGCCUACAUUUGACGUUUCCCUUCCAAAAAUGAAGUCACUAGAACCAGAUGUCAGUUUAGAAGGACCGGACGUCAAAGGAGGGAAGUUUGAAAUGCCAAAGAUUGAUAUUUUACUCCCAAAAGGAAAAACAGAGGGAGAAACUGACAUUGAAGAACAUUCUGGAAACGGAGAUAAGUUUCAUAUGACCUCAUUUGAUGUGUCACUACCAAAGAUGAAGCACCCAGUGGGUGAUGUCAAAGAAGGCCUUGAAGUCAAAGGGGGGAAGUUUAAAAUGCCCAAAAUUGAAGCAGAGGGUAGGAGUGGAGUCAAGUUACCAACUGUUAAACUGCCAACAGUAGACGUAUCUGCACCAAAGGUUGACUUCGACUCUGGGCUGUCAAAAUCUGAUGGAGAUAAUAGGGAAGAGCUACAAAAAGCAGAGGGUGAAAGGCCAUCCUCUGGGUCAAGUUUUGACAUGCCAGAUAUCUCUCUCAAAAUGCCAAGAUUUUCUCUCCCUAAAUUUGGUGGAAAGUCUAGUGGAGAUGUAAACCUAGAAGGAUAUGGCACAGAGGACGAUAUUGAUAUUAGCCCCCAGCGAGCGGAUGGUGAGGGCAGACCAGCAUCAGCAGAAAUACGCGGAGAGGGAAAAAUAGAAGGUAAACUAAAGAAGCCCAAAAUGAAAAUGCCAAUGUUUGGAAUGUCUAAGAAAGAUGUAUCAAUAGCCAGCCCUGAUGUGGAAAUCAAGACAGAAAAAGAGAAAGUGGACAUUCCAAAGCCAAUUAUCAGUGUAGAACAUCCAGAGGACAAAGCAAAUAGAAAAUAUAGACUAAAAUUCCCAAAGUUUAAGAAGUCGUCUCCUAAAGGUAAACUACCAGAGGGAGAAAUAGAUGUCUCAAUGGAUAGUGGAAUGGAAGGGAAAGGUGGCAUUCAUGCACCCGAUGAUACAAUCAAAAUGCCAAAGUUCUCCAUGCCAGAGUUUGGCUCACAGGAGAUAGACUUUGACAGUAGUGGACCCAGUGCUGAACUAGAUGUCACAGGAAAGGUAAAAAUACCAUCAGUGGAGAUAUCCCUGCCAGCUGCCAAGAAAUCUGAGCAAGAAGUGUUACUCCCAAAGGCUGAGGUGGAUGUGUCUGAGGCUGACAUCAGAGGUUAUGAAGGAAACCUGAAAAUCCCUAAAAUGCCAACUAUUGAUGUAUCAGCACCCAAAAUUGACCUUGAUGUAACUCUGCCUAAAAUCAAGCAUGAAACAAAAAUUGAGGGGGAGGGAGGCAAAUUUAAGAUGCCAAACAUCAAAAUGCCUGAUAUAGAUUUAUCACUUCCUAAAGAAAAAACUGGGAACAUUGAUGCAUCCAAGGUUGAAAUUGAGGGAAGGGGUGGAAAAUUCAAGAUGCCUGUCAUUAAAAUGCCAAAGGUUGACAUAUCACUUCCAAUAGGAAGACAUAGAGCAAUGGAUGUAUCCACAGUGGAAAUUGAAGGAGAAGGUGUAAAAUUCAAGAUGCCACAUAUGGAAAUGCCAAAUGUUGAUAUAUCACUUACCAAAGGAACAAGUGGAGGGAUUGAAGGGCCAGAGAUGGAAAUUGAAGGAGGGGGCGGAAAUUUCAAAAUGCCACAUAUGAAAAUGCCUGUGGUAGACUUAUCACUUCCAAAGGGAAAGUAUGGAGACAUAAGUGCACCAGAAAUGGAAAUGGAAGGAGAAGGAGGAACAUUCAAGAUGCCACAUAUAAAAAUGACAAAUAUUGAUUUAUCACUUCCCAAGGGAAAAAGUGGAGAGAUUGAAGGACCAGAGGUGGAAAUUGAAGGAGAGGGUGGAAAAUUCAAGACGCCACAUAUGAAAAUGCCAAAUAUUGAUGUAUCAAUUCCAAAAGGAAAAAGUGGAGAUGUUAAUGUACCUGCAUUCGAAAUUGAGGGAGAUGGAGGAAAAUCCAAGAUGCCACAUGUGAAAAUGCCAAAUAUUGCCAUAUCACUUCCCAAAGGAAAAAGUGGAGAGAUUGAAGGACCAGACAUGGUAAUUCAGGGAGAUGGAGGAAAAUUGAAGAUGCCACAUAUGAAAAUACCAAAGGUAGACUUAUCACUUCCGAAGGGAAAAAGUGGAGAGAUUGAAGGACCAGAGGUGGAAAUUGAAGGAGAGGGUGGAAAAUUCAAGAUGCCACAUAUGAAAAUGCCAAAUAUUGAUGUAUCAAUUCCAAAAGGAAAAAGUGGAGAGAUUGAAGGACCAGAGGUGGAAAUUGAAGGAGAGGGUGGAAAAUUCAAGAUGCCACAUAUGAAAAUGCCAAAUAUUCAUAUAUCCCUUCCAAAAGGAAAAAGUGGAGACAUCAGUACACCAGAAAUGGAAAUGGAAGGAGGGGGAAAAUGUAAGAUGCCACAUAUGAAAAUGCCAAAUUUUGAUAUAUCACUUCCAAAAGGAAAAAGUGGAGAUGUUAAUGUACCUGCAUUCGAAAUUGAGGGAGAUGGAGGAAAAUCCAAGAUGCCACAUAUGAAAAUGCCAAAUAUUGCCAUAUCACUUCCCAAAGGAAAAGGUGGAGAAACUGAAGAACCAGUGAUGGAAAUUGAAGGAGGGGGCAGAAAAUUGAAGAUGCCACAUAUGAAAAUGCCAAAUGUUGAUAUAUCACAUCCAAGAGGAAAAACUGGAGAGAUUGAAGCACCAGAGAUGGAAAUUCAGUCAGAGGGAGGAAAGUUCAAAAUGCCAAAGGUAGAUAUAUCACUUCCGAAAGGAAAGUACGGAGAAAUUAGAGCACCAGAAAUGGAAGUCAAAGGAGGAAAUUUCAAGAUGCCACAUAUGAAAAUGCCAAAUAUUGCCAUAUCACUUCCAAAAGGAAAAAGUGGAGAUGUUAAUGCACCUGAAUUGGAAAUGGAUGGUGAGGGUGGAAGAUAUAAGAUGCCAGAAAUCAAACUGUCAAAUAUAGAUAUUACAAUGCCAAAGGGAGAUUCUGGUGACAUUGAUGCUGAAAUGAAACAGCCCAACGCUGAGGCAGAAGGAAAGAUAGAAAUGCCUUUGAUUGGUUUACCAAAGUUUACAACUCCGGACCUUGAUUUAGACAUGAAUGUUGAAAAACCCAACCAUGGAGCUGAGGUUCAUGGGAAAAGUUCAGACAAAACUGGUUCACAUUGUGAGGGAGACCAUAAGACGAAAAUCAAAAUGCCAACAAUAGACAUAGAGUGCCCAAAAGGAGAUCUGGAGCUGGAUAUAGGUUUCCAUAAAGCUGAGGGAAAGAAGGACAGAAAAAUAAUAGAGUUGCCUGACUUAGACCUUAAAACUUCUGGUACCAAAGGUAAGGGGCCAAAAGUCAAAAGCACCAAAUUCAAAAUUGGAUUGCCAAAAAUGAAGAACACUGGAGAUCAAGCAUUAGAUGCAACCACAAAGAAGACUGGGAAAGAGAAUGAAGGGGCCAGUGGUAGAUUUAUGAUUAAGAAGACAAAGCUUGGCAAAGGUGCAGAUGUGUCGGCAGAUGCGAAGGCAGGUGGUUCUGUGUUGCCAAACAUCUCCCUCCCAGAUGUGGGCUUCUCAGUAUCCAAAGGAGCCAGCCAAGAGAAUGAAGGUCAUGGUCCAGAGAUGAGUGCUAAAUUGCCAAAAUUCAAACUCCCUAAUGUGGAGAUCUCAGGUCCUUCAAUGACUGGCCAAGGAGGAGCACAAAUCAACAGCGGACAACAAGAAAACAAAGAUGGUAUCAAGUUUCAAAUGCCAAAGGUUACUUUACAGUCUGUGGGACUGAAGAGCAAACAAGGCUCUGCCGAGCCCACUGGCACAGAUGCCGGCACAGAGAAUGGAUUCACAUUACCUAAUCUUGGAAUCAAAGUCCCCAAAAUACCAGAUAUAGACUUUGAUAUUGGAGAACCUCAAGAAGAGGACCAAGUACAAGUACAAGGACCAAGUACAAGACAAAAAAUCAAAAUACCCAAGUUUGGGGUGGCUUUACCUGCUAUGUCUUCACCUGAAGCUAGAGUACAUUUGAAGGACCCAGAGGUUGAGUAUGAAGGACCUAAAAUGCCCAAAGUUAAAAAAGCUGUAUUUGUUUUGGUGAAUCCCCAAACAGACCACUCCACUAUGUCCACUAUGUGUGAAGCAAGUGUCGAGUCUGGAGAGGCUAAAAUCAGAAUGCCAAAGAUCAAAAUGAAGCCAUCAUUUGGAAAGUCAGGACCCAAGGAAAAGAGUGUUGCUUUGAGCAUUGAAGGAGACGUGGAUAGAGACGACAAGUCAAAGGGAGCAAAGCAAAAGAUUCCCAAAGUCACCUUCUCUCCAGGCAAAACAGGUUCAUUUGAUGUAACCCUAAAAGGUGAGGGGUCUAGUUCCAGCCUCAAUGGUGAGAAGGUUUCAACAUACCAGAACGGAUCCAAGGAGGAUAAAGCUAAGUUUGUGAAGCUCAAGCUUCCAAAGAUAGAGUUCUCCUCACCAUAUUCAAAAAUAGGCAGAGGAGAAGAGGACCUUGAAAUGAGUGCUAAGCUUGUCAAGGAGUCCUCAGGAACUGACGGAGAAACCAAGAGGAAGAAAGUGAAAUCAGGCAAAAUGUCCUUCCCGGGAUUUAAGAAGAAGACAUCAAAAGGAGAGGAGGAAACUCAAGACAGUGUGGUGUCCUCAUCGGCCAGGACAGAAAUGCUAGAUCAGGAUAGUUCAGAAUCAACAACACCCAUGGUCUCCAUUGGCUUUGUUCCAGGGAAGUCUAGGGGGCAGGCAGAGGCUGAGAGCAGCAAGAAGGAGCUGGAAGGAAAGCAGUCGACCUGGUUCAAUUCUCCCAAAUUCAACCUGAAACCCAACUCAACAGGAAUCCUCCUCAUUACACCAGAAGGUUCUCCCCAGGGUAGCAGAUCCUCGCUCCAAUGCCAGGGUGUAGAUGAAACUGCAGGUACCUUCCGGCUCCAGAUGCCAAGCACGGGGUUCUCCACGCAGGAGGUGUCUGAGGAGAAUGUUACCACAACAAAGGAGGGAACCGUAACUGUGGUGACAAAGACGACAAAAAAUAUGGUAACAGAGUCCAGAACUGGUCAAACCCACACAUCGCUAUCCCAUUGUAAUCACUGAAGUCCGAAGAGAUGUGAGAGUAAUAUAUUUUCCCUCUGUCUUGAUGUGACAACGUUUUUUUUGUAAAUGUUCCUCCAUGUUUUCUUUCUAUUUUAGUCUUUAUCAACUUUGAUCAUUUGAGUGGUUUAAAUCUGAAUGUCAAUUCGUUAUGUAUUGUUGUUGAUAUCUUUUUUUUAUGCAAAAAUACCACACAUUUUAAUUUCCCAAAGGAAAUGUCUAUUUUCAAUGCCUUCCCAUUUGAUAUACCAACAUUUACUUUGGCAUGAUUGUAGAAUUAGACUGACAAAGAACACAAACCAAUUUACCAAAAGCAAUUUGUAUGUAAAUACAUUGACAUGUUGCCUGCUUACUUAAUGAAAUAUGUAAUUAUUUUCAUAUUACCGAUGAUUGGAAUAGUAUUAAGGAUAGUAGUGAUUUGUGUUAAUGUAACUGAGGCUUGAGGAUGGUGUGAGAUUUGUGGUUUAAUCAUUUACUUACUUCAGCUUGUUUUUUCUUUUUCAUAUAUGAAGAUUUUUUUGUAAUUAUACCAUACAUUGAAAUGUAAGUUUUAAAGGCUUCUACAAUGCAAUCCAUUUCAACACUCUCUAUGAGAAUCAAGCUAAGUAGACAAAACCUAAAAUAAUAGGAAACUAUCAUCUGAUAUUAAGCCAUGGUUUAAAGAAACAGAUUGAAAUAUUUCAAAAUGAAUGCAAAUCCUCUUGGACAAAACAAUGUCUCAAUGUCUCCAUUUUCCUUUUCUUUUUUGGUGAGUUAGAAAGUAGGAAUUCAAUGUGUGUGCUCUACUGCAUGGGAAGAGUCCCAGCAAUCAUCUGUCAAACAAGUUUACAACGUUUUCCUUAACCAGAUUUAACGCCUGUUGGAGCUGAAAAUUUGAAAUAACCAUCUAGAAUGGUGCAUGACAAGGAGAGAACAUGUACAUGACCAGAUAACACAGUUUAACAGUGUUUAUACGUAUAGAGAGAUUUUUUUUACAAAUACCUUUGUGCUUGUGUUUUCAGUGCUUAUGGCUUCACAAUAAGCAGUUUUCAAAGCAAAGUGUUAUCAAAGUGGCAUUAUCAAUAAUGUUGUUAAGAGAUCAUAUUAUUAAUAAACCUAAUAUUCCUAAAAAUAAAAAAA